AUGCACAACUCUGUGGGGAAAACGUCACCGAAUCCCCAGAGUGUGCUUCGUCAUCGGCGUGAGCGAGAGACUCUACUGUCUCUGAUGUUGGCUAUGAAGGUGCAUAUGAAGGCAGGCAAGGAGAGUCUUGUUGACAUGCUGGCUGAACGAGUACUGGGGGAGGACUACUGCUCGGGCUACAUCGACACCUUCGGCAAGUGGAGCAACGGGUUCCCGUGUCCGAGUCUGGAGUCUGAGGAGCCAGUCUACUGCUGCGGCACCGACAACUUCAAGUACUGUUGUACCAAGCGUGACAUGCACGCCCUCACCCACGAUAUACCCCAGUUACCGCUGAUCCUGGGCGUGGUAUUCGGCGUAGCUGUGGCCUUCGUUGUCAUCGUGGUUGUCUCCUGCUUCCAUUGUUCCUGCUGCCUCCUCUACAAGAAACGACAACCCACUAACGGAGGUCCACUCUACCAGAUGCACUGUUCCUCUACAGCAUCGGGUGUGGCCAACAUGUACAGCUUCUCCGGCACCACUACGCCCUCCGAGACUCCCAGAUCACUUUCCAGCUGUAGCAGUGCCGGCCAUGCUGACUCCAUGUGUAUCGAUGAAUUAAUCAUCAAUGUGUUGUAUCCAUACCACCCCUAA